AUGGCUCGGACCAGGGACUCGCGCUCACCAUCGCCUGCAGGAAGCCAAUACAAUGCGAGACGCCACCGCAAAGACGAUGACAGGCGCGAUAGAGAUCGCCGCGAUGACGGCAGGGACUACCGUCGUCGCUCGCGGUCUAGAAGCCCUGGCGACCGCCGAUUUCGAGAUCGCGACCGUGACCGCGAUUCCUACCGCCGCAGGGAACGCUCCAUAGACCGACGAGACGAUGAUUCAUAUCGCGGAAGCCGAAGAGACGACCGUCCCAGGGACCGGAGAAGAUCUCGUGACCGAUAUACAGACCGAGACCGGUCGCUUGAGAGACGGAGACAUCGCGACGCCGAUAGAGACCACCGUCCGCGGCGAGAUGACUCUAGAGACAGAGCACGCGUGCGGCGUGAGGGAACUGCUGACUCCCACCCUCGUAGCAGGCGCGAUGACAGCCGUCCGCGUGGAACCGCCCCUCCCGAGAACACCAAUACUGCCGGUAACGAGGCUGCCAAGCCCAAGCCCAAACCCACCCCAGCCCAGACCGAAGCUGACAAAAAGGCUGAGCGACUCGCCAGACUGGAGGCGUGGAAGAAGAGCAGGGAGAACAAGGCCAAUAAAGAGAAUGAGGUUAAUCCAAGUCAAACUAGGAAUCUCCUUGCUGAGAUGGACAAGAAGUCCGUGCCUUCACCGGUCGCCGCUUCACCUACCGUCGCUUCACCCGCCGUCGCCUCACCCGUCGUCGCUUCCCCCGGAUCAGCGUCCCCAGCCCCGACACAGCCUACAUCCGGAGUCGCGUCACCUGCUGUGCCAUACGCGGGCAAAUUUGAUCCCAAGGCGAUUGCGAAGAAGUCUGCGGCGUCACACAAACACGGUAGCACGAACGGCGUAUUGGGCUCGCUCGAGGGCCGUCCCGAACAAUCGACUGCUGCAGUUACACAAACCACAAAGGCUUCGGCACUGCCCGCCAACCGGGGAAACCUGAGCGCGUUCGGAUUCCAUAAGCAGACCGAUGGCGACAAGCUCGCGAGCAAGCGCAAACUGGACCUUGACGAGGAGGAGGGAACGAAAAGGAAACUCACGAAGUUGCCCGCACUUCCCCUCGAGACUGAUGACACCCCCUAUGCUGAUCAAGACGAGGACGACGAGUCUGACGGUGGUAACUUUGCUGAGACUGAGGAGGAGGCGAUUGCGGCUGCCCGCGCGGCACACGAACGGCGCGAGAGAGAAAUGCAGCAAGAGACCCAAGAGGAAAAGGCCGAUGUUGCCAUGGAUGACGCUCCAGCUGAAACCAACGGCGUUACCUCCGAAGAGCCAGCUGUGGAAAAGAUGGAUGUGGAAGACGAAGAUGACGUCGAUCCCUUGGAUGCCUUCAUGGCCGACCUGCAAGACAACAAGGCGAAACCCACGGAAACCAAGGCAAGUACAUCCUCAAAAACGGUUCAAGAGCCAGAGGCGUACUUCAGUGACGAUGACUACGCCUUCAAGGCAGAAGACAAGGACGCCAACGCUAUCCUCGCCAUGGCAAACAAGCGCAAGAAGAAGGACAUUCCCACUGUCGAUUAUAGCAAGCUCGACUUGCAACCUAUCCGUAAGAAUUUCUGGGUCGAACCGGCAGAGCUUGCCGCUUUGACUGAAACCGAAGCCAACGACUUGCGCUUGGAGCUGGAUGGUAUCAAGGUUUCCGGAAAGGACGUCCCCAAGCCUGUCCAGAAAUGGGCGCAAUGUGGUCUAACACGCCAAACGCUGGACGUCAUCGCCGACCUGGGGUACGAAAAGCCAACAUCCAUCCAGAUGCAGGCCUUGCCCGUCAUCAUGUCUGGUCGCGACGUUGUCGGUGUAGCGAAGACUGGUUCUGGUAAAACGGUCGCUUUCCUCCUGCCUAUGUUCCGUCACAUAAUGGAUCAGCCGCCCAUCAAAGAUACUGACGGCCCCAUCGGUCUCAUCAUGACCCCGACUCGCGAGCUGGCAGUCCAGAUCCACCGUGAUUGCAAGCCUUUCCUCAAAUCAAUGGGUUUGCGAGCUGUAUGUGCCUACGGUGGAGCGCCUAUUAGAGAGCAAAUUGCCGAGCUCAAGCGAGGAGCUGAAAUCAUUGUGUGCACACCCGGCCGUAUGAUUGACCUAUUAGCGGCCAAUCAGGGUCGUGUUACGAACCUGCGCAGAGUCACAUACGUUGUACUCGAUGAGGCGGAUCGUAUGUUUGACAUGGGUUUUGAGCCUCAAGUCAUGAAGAUCUUUGCGAACAUGCGGCCUGACCGGCAAACCAUCCUAUUUUCGGCCACCAUGCCGCGCAUUAUUGAUUCCUUGACUAAGAAGGUGCUGAAAUCUCCAGUAGAGAUCACCGUUGGAGGUCGCAGUGUCGUUGCCUCUGAUAUCACACAGAAGGUAGAGGUUAUUCCUGAAGAUGCCAAGUUCUUUCACCUCCUGGGACUCCUCGGUGAGCUUUAUGACGAAGACGAGGAUGCCCGUACUCUCAUCUUUGUCGAGCGCCAAGAAAAGGCAGACGACUUGCUCAAGGAGCUCAUGGUCAAGGGCUACCCUUGCAUGUCCAUUCAUGGCGGUAAAGACCAAAUCGAUCGAGACUCUACGAUUGCUGAUUUCAAAAAGGGCAUUGUCCCUAUUCUCAUUGCCACAUCUGUUGCUGCUCGAGGUUUAGACGUAAAACAGCUCAAGCUGGUUGUCAACUAUGAUGCGCCUAACCAUCUCGAAGAUUACGUCCACCGUGCUGGACGAACAGGAAGAGCUGGCAACAAGGGCACUGCUGUGACAUUUAUUACCGAAGAACAGGAGAACUGCGCUACUGGUAUUGCGAAGGCGCUCGAGCAGAGUGGCCAGCCCGUCCCCGAGCGUUUGAAUGAGAUGCGCAAGGCACACAAGGAAAAGGUCAAGGCAGGUAAAGCCAAGGAUACUUCUGGUUUCGGCGGUAAAGGCCUGGACCGUCUCGAUGCUGAGCGAGAGGCGGCCCGUCUUCGCGAGCGCAAGACUCACAAGGCCGAGGGAGAGGAAGAUGAUGUUAAAGAAGAGAAGACUGAAGAAGACAAGGGCAAGAAUGCGGCGUCUGCCAUCAAGUCAGCUGUGUCCGCCAUCGUAUCCCGUAACACCAGCAAGCCUGAAGCGGACUCCAAGGCCAAGGACGCACCGGCUGCUGCUGGGGCUGCAGGUGGCAAGCAGCCCCUCGAUGCCGUCAGUGCCGCGAUUAGUGCUAUUAAUGAGCGUCUCGGCAAGGCUGGCCAGCUUCGUUCAGGCCAGCCCAUCGAUAACAAGGGACCCGACGCCGGCGCAUACCAUGCGACGCUCGAGAUCAACGACUUCCCGCAGAAGGCCAGAUGGGCCGUCACGAACAGGACCAACGUCGCCAAGAUUCUGGAAGCCACUGGCGUGUCUAUCACGACCAAGGGAACCUUCUAUCCGGCUGGCAAGGAGGUUCCUCCUGGCGCGGACCCCAAGCUGUAUAUCCUUGUCGAGGGUGACACCGAGGUUGUGGUAGGCGCUGCCAUGACCGAGCUUACCCGUCUACUCAGCGAAGGAACCGUAGCUGCGGCUACAGCCGACAGCCGUGCUCCUGCUUCCGGACGUUACAACGUCGUAUGA